AUGGCUUCUGAAUCAUCCCUUUGGGUAGUUCGAAACACCUCGGAUUAUCUUGAUCUUUACGACACAUAUGGGUGGGACAACAAAAAGUACUUCACGAUGAUGCUACAUCAUGGAGGAAAUUUCGAAUACUACCCAAAUCGCGAUUACGAUGGAGGCAAGAUUGACUAUAUAGACUUCAUCGAGGUUGAAACUUUCUCCCCAAAGGUAUUUCAAAGCAUCUUAACUUCUUUUGGUUAUGAUGUUGAGAAACAUAUGCAUACUCUCUAG